AUGAACAAGGGUUCAUCCUUUGGUGAAAAUAAACAUUCCCCUACUGCAAGUCCUAUAACAUCUCCUACCACCAGUUUAACAUCUUCCUCUACUGCAAGUCCUACAACAUCGGCUACUACCAGUUUAACAACACCCCCUCCCCCCCUUACUACCAGUCCUACAACAUCGGCUACUACCAGUUUAACAACCUCCCCUACUGCCAGUCCUACAACAUCGGCUACUACCAGUUUAACAACCUCCCUUACUGCCAAUCCUACAACAUCGGCUACUACCAGUUUAACAACCUCCUCUACUACCAGUCCUACAACAUCGGCUACUACCAGUUUAACAACCUCCCCUACUACCAGUCCUACAACAUCGGCUACUACCAGUUUAACAACCUCCCCUACUACCAGUCCUACAACAUCGGCUACUACCAGUCCUACAACAUCGGCUACUACCAGUUUAACAACCUCCCCUACUGCAAGUCCUACAACAUCGGCUACUACCAGUUUAACAACCUCCCCUACUACCAGUCCUACAACAUCGGCUACUACCAGUUCAACAACCUCCCCUACUACCAAUCCUACAACAUCGGCUACUACCAGUUUAACAACCUCCUCUACUGCAAGUCCUACACAUCGGCUACUGCCAGUUUAA